GCCUUGCGUAGAUCUAUCAGCUAAGAUUUAAUGCCUUGACCUUGUAAAAUGUCUGGGCUAUUUUUAAAUCCUCAACUCAGUACCCCAUCUUAUUUUCCUGGUAAAACUGAGAAAUAAAUUAUGUAUUAGUAAGUCAGGAGCUCAUGUGAGGAUGAAGAAAGACACAAAAUCAGGACAGCAUAGAAGAAGGAAGAAAGGGAGAAAGGAAGAUAGCAAUGGGUGCAUGCAGAACAAUCCAUUAGCCAACUGAGGCUGUUAAUCACUUAUCAUGUCCUUGGAUGUUGGAGAAAAAUGAUCUUCUAGAAGUUAGUAGAGAGGGAGAGAUGGCAGGAGCCCUUCUCAUGGUAUCCAUGGUUCUCUUCCAGGUUCACAUAUUCCUGGAGCAAUGUCUUCCCAGCAGCAGCAGCAAUGUCCACCCCAGAAGACCUAGCAGCACCAGGUGAAGCAGCCCUGUCAGCCACCCCCUGUCAAAUGUCAAACCAAGGAUCCAUGUACUUCCCAGGCCAAGAAACAAUGCUCACCCAAGGGCAAAGCCACUCUAGCCCAGCAGAAGUGUCCACCAGCCCAGCAAGCCCCUAACAGUAAACAGAAGUAAGGAUUGACUGGGGAUUACCAUCUACUCACCAACCAAGCUACCAGAUGGAGCCUUCUCUUCUUCAGGAUUUGCCUUUCUCUCCCUCUUCCUUCUACCUGGGGUCCAAUGGAGUAUUAUAAGGGU